UGAAUAAUUACGAUGUUGAACGCACAGCUUACACUUACUUGCCAAUAACAACAGUGAACAGUAACUGUCAAGCAACUAACACGUAGCGCCGCUUACGUGCCCGGCACUGUUUUUAGCGCUUUCCGUGUGUGUGACCUGCUUUAAUCCUCAUGAAGGUCCUGUCACGGGACAGGGGCCUUGUUCUCCCCACACCCACUGGCCAGGAGUCCAGAAGCCGAGCCAGUCAGUCAGUCAGCUUGGAAAGGGUUGAACUGGGCCCCGAAACUGGUCACUCUGGCUCCAGAGGCGGUGCCCUGGCCACUGCGCCAGCCUGCUUUCCGGUGUCCCUUCCGCCUUGCGGUGGUGGCAGAAAUAAAGGUCGGUGUGUACCCUGAGAGUGGGGAUUUGUGUAAGAGGAGGCGUCUGUGCCACAGCUGUAACUCAGUGAGAUUUCGUGGGAGUGAGUGCGCUUACUUCUAAGUAUCUGAGAACAGACGGGAGCGCAGCGUGGCUCGGGGAGGACGGUAGUGACACAGCAAGAGCACAGGUCCGGGGCGUCGGCGGCUCUCUUCCCCACCACCCUGGAGCCGCUCCUCUGCCUGACGCAGUCCUCGGCUGACUCUGCCACCUUCUGACAGGAGAUUUGGGGACCCUCGCUUCCCGAGAGCCCCCGUGUCUCCUCAGCCCCGUGUAGGCGAGGACGUGGGUGAUGCUGACACAGGCGCCGGGCAGAUGUCAGUGUCUGUCGGCUCUGACAGUGUCCUCUGUGCAAGUUCUCUUGUUUCCUGAAGAGGGUGAAGAGCUCUGCUGUGAUACUGAUGGAAACACCCACAUGGCUGCCCGUCCCCUCAUUCCCGCCUCCCUGAGGCUGCAAGGUUUAACGGUCCCUGAUGAGCAGAGACAAACUCGCGCAGGUGAUAAUGUUUGAACUUCUAAGCAACCCAGCUUAAGGAAUUCCCCUUUGUAGCUGGCUCACACCUGUUUGGGGACAGCUGUGCUCUUUAGAGAUUUACUUCAUCUUGUUUUUUAAGAGAAGAGUAAAACGCCAAAUUCCCGGAGGCAUCAAAAGCAAGGCAUACCCACUCUGCCCUCUGCCGCAGUCAGCUUAAAAAUAAAGUCUUAACAAUAUUUUUAUCUUAUGUGCAUUUUUAUAUAUCAAAUAGGCAAUGGAUGCCCGUGAUUUAAGAGUGGAAAAGACAAAACAAUGAAAAGGAUGUGCAGUGAUGUGUAAAUCUCCCCCCAACCCCCUGUCCAGGCCCCUCCCCACAGGCAGGACCGUGGUGAGGAGGUGCACGGCCCUGACGUUCACAGCCUCCGAGGAGAAGGUCUUGGUGGCAGACAAGUCUGGGGACGUUUACUCCUUUUCGGUGCUCGAGCCCCACGGCUGCGGCAAGCUUGAACUUGGGCACCUGUCCAUGUUGCUGGACGUGGCCGUGAGUCCGGAUGACCGCUUCGUCCUCACCGCUGACCGGGACGAGAAGAUCCGGGUGAGCUGGGCCCUGGCACCGCACAGCAUCGAGGCCUUCUGCCUGGGGCACACCGAGUUUGUGAGCCGCAUCUGUGUGGUGCCCGAACAUCCCGAGCUGCUUCUGUCCUCGUCCGGGGAUAGCACUCUGAGGCUCUGGGAAUACAGACACGGCCGAGAGCUGCACUGCUGUCACCUGCCCAGCCUGCAGGAGCCGGCGGAGCCCUGGGGCGACAAGAGGUUUGCCGCAUCUAGGAUCACUUACUGGGGCCGGCAGAGCUGCGUGGCGCUGCUGUGUGACUGUAUUCCUGUGGUCUACAUCUUCCAGCUUGAUGUCCCCAGACAGCAGCUGGUUUACAAGCAGCAGCUGUCCUUCCAGCACAGAGUGUGGGACAUUGCUUUCGAGGAGACCCAGGGGCUGUGGGUGCUGCAGGACUGCCGGGAAGCCCCCCUGGUGCUCUGCAGGCCCGAGGAUGGCCAGUGGCAGUCUGUUCCUGAAAAUGCCACAGUGAAGAAAGUCUGCGCUCACCUUCGCGGGAACUGGGCCAUGCUUGAAGGCUCUGCUGGCGCGGACGACGGCUUCAGCAGUCUCUACAAGGCCACCUUCGACCACAUGACCACUUACCUGAAGAAGAAGGAGGAGAGGCUGCAGCAGCAGCAGCAGAAGCGACGCAGGGAUCUGCCGUCCGGGCCCAACGGGCAGACCAAGAGGGUGAGGGCCGGCCAGGCGUCCCGCAGCUGCCCGUCCUAGGCACGGACGGCUCCCGGCCUCCGAAAGCAAAGCAGACUUAACUUGUCCCCUCCCUGCCAGCAGCUGCCUGUAAGAAGAAAAUGGGACAUCACUGUCCACUUACACUUGGUGGCAGUGGGGUCCACACCAGCUCAGUG